AUGAUUCUGAUCUGCAUGACAAGGAGUUCACUUCGAAAUGUCGAGAGCACUGUUAAGCUUGAAAGGUUCAUGUCGACAUCGUAUCCACUUCAAAAGAAUACCGCUGGAAAAUAUAGGACAACAAGUGGACGAAAGCAGAUGAUUACAUAUGAAAUGGCUCACCGACCCCAUCAUAUUGGAGUUAAAAAAUCAUGGUUAACGUGGCAUUCACAAAAUUUGGAAACGUUUCGGCAGCGUCAACCUAUCGUGAUAGCACAAGAUGAGAUCAUUCGUCGCUUCGUACGUAGUUUUUUCCCAGACUACAUAACCGUUGAUGGAAGUGAGUUGGUUAUCAAACGGCAAGGAAACUGUAUUCGUGUAGCGGGGUUUUUCCAUUACCGGAAUAGAUUGAAUAUCCGUGAAAUAUAUUGGAUGUUUGGAUUCGCUGAAGAAUUUCUCUCAAUCUUACUCAAACAACCGAUUAAAUUGGAGAUCCAAUUCGUGGCUGACGAAAAAGCCUUAGCUUAUAAUUACAUAUGA